GAACCAGCAAAAUAGAUAAAACGGAGUCGGCGUGAAAGGCGCGUCAUUCCCGCCGCCGCCAUGUCGCCGCUCGCCUGCUCACUGCUCGCUUUCACGGCGCUGUUUGCUACUGCCGACGCCGUGGACCCGAUUAAUUAUUGUGGAAGUCUCUUGUUGGGCAAGAAAACAGAGGACCAAAUUGACUUUCGAAUAACUGCCCCCGGUGGCGACGUCAGCAUUCCUGAUAAAUGCGCUAGACCUGGACGGAAAUUAGUGGGGGAGUAUAUCUACGUGUGCGAUCCUGGUGAGUAUCAGCCUACGGUGUCUGAACGUCGAGAGGGCCCGCCCUUCUCUCUGGUCAACAUCGACUGUCCAAGCGACGUCGGCGGCUGCAGUAGCCUCGACGUCCAAGUGACGCAGCAUUGUGAAGAUGUCACAGGACCGCAUUGACGAUUACUUGAGUAAAAAACUAAUUUAUGCGACAAAAGUUUAUUCUUUUCAAUUAAAAGUGUUAAAUAAAAACGAA